AUGGGGUUUGCCUCCAAAAUCGCCAACGCUCAAAACAACACGCCGAAGAUGAGCGGUGCUUAUUCGGGAGCUCCGCCCGCUGGCUACACGGGAGGUCCUCCUGCAUCGCUGCAGCCUGGUGCUGGUGGAUAUCAGCAACAGCAACAGCAGUAUCAAGCUUACCCAGGCGCUCCUUCGCCAUCUACUCCUAGCAAUCCGGGACAACCUUAUGCUCCCCAAGGCGCGCCGUACCAAGGCGGUCCUGGAGGCCCACCAGGGGCCCCAGGACAAGCUGGAUAUGGCCACCCUGGCGGCGCUCCUCCCGCCCGUGCCACUGAGCAGCAGAUCGGUGCCUACAAACAGCUUUUGAUUGGCACCAUUCAAGAGAAGAAUCUGCAAAGCUUUUACCCUCCUGACAGACUGGAUAGACUUGUCCAGUCGUUGGCCAAUGAAGCUCCCGCAAAGGUUGAUAGACUUGUCCAUGAGUGGUCAGUGCCCCAGGAAGUGGCAAUGGACGUCAUGAAACUCGCUCUUUUUGAUGUUGUCCUUUAUGUCGAUGACAGUGGUUCCAUCGAGUUCGAAGAGAAGGGAGUGAGAAAAGAGCAGCUGAGACAGAUUCUCGGGAUCGUCGCAACCGGCGCGUCGACGUUCGAUCAAGAUGGCAUCUCCGUGCGCUUCAUGAACUCCAAUGAGAUUGCCGAUGGUAUCCGCAGCGUCGAUGAUGUCAAUAUGCUCGUCUCACGUGUUCGCUUCGCCGGCUUGACACCAUUGGGUACGAGCUUGAGGAACAAGGUCCUUGAACCAAUGGUUGUUGCUCCUGCUCGGGCCGGUCGUCUGCAGAAGCCUGUCCUGAUCAUCACCAUCACUGAUGGUCAGCCUGCCGGUGAGCCACACGACACCGUCGCUAACGCCAUUCGAUAUGCGACCGAAGAGGUAUCCAGAACCCAGUACGGAAGAGGUGCCGUUUCGUUCCAAUUUUCGCAGGUUGGAACCGAUACCAAGGCCCGCGAGUUCCUUGCCAGUCUGGAUGAGGAUCCCCACAUCGGGGGUUUGAUCGACUGUACAUCCAACUUCGAAGUCGAACAGGAUGAGAUGGCUCGCGCCAACCCUCCAAUUCAUCUGACUCGCGAGCUCUGGUGCGCCAAAUUGAUGCUCGGUUCCAUUGAUUCAUCGUACGAUACCAAGGACGAAAAGGCUUCAGGACGUCCCGGUGGUCCCGGCGGUCCUCCCCCUCCUGGACCUCCUGGCCAGUACGGAGGUUACAACCCAGGCCAAAACUAUGGUCAGCAGCCCGGCUACUAUAACCAACCCCCACCCUCUGGUUACAAUCAGCCAGGAGCCUAUGGCCAGGGACAAGGCUACAACCAAGCGCCUUACUCUCAAAGCCAGGGUGGACCCCCACAGCCUGGCUAUGGACAGGCGUAUGGCGGAUAUGGAGCCCCUCCGCCCUCUGACCCAUACGGACGUCCUCCUUCUGGACCUCCUCCCGGUGGCUAUCCCCCGCAGCAGAGGCCACCCUAUGGACAGCCUCCCCCACCCCCGAGGUACUGA